AUGUCGCACUUUAAUAGGCACGCCUACCGUUUACUGGGCGGCGGUGGCAGCAGCAGAUCGACCACCCACAGUUCGACGGCCGGCGGCUCUGGCAAGCGCAAAGGACUCUCGGAAUCCAUUCAUCCCGCCACGUUGGUUGAGCAGGUCGUGGCCGAUAAGAUACAGCAGCAAAGGAUGUCGUCCAAGUUGCACCUCACCGGGCGGCAAAUGGAGCCCGGCGAGGACGAGAGCGAUGACGAAGUGAGUCGCUCCUUAUGCAGCCCGGGUGCUGGCGGCCGAGGGUUCGGUGGCGGCGGCGCCGUGGACGAUGCCGAGGAAAUCGUUUCGAUCUGCGACAGUAGCUCUUCCAUCCAUGGCUACGAAAAUGGUGACGGAGAAGCGGCCGAGGAGGAAGAGGAAGUCGGUGAGGACGACGACGAUCAGGACGAAGAGGAGGACGAUCAGCCAGACUAUGAGGACGAAGAAGAGGAUGUGGAAGACGAAGAAAAUGCGGAGGAAGAAGAGGAGGAGGAUGAGGAAGGAGGGGAGGAAGAGGACAACGAAGAUUCGGAGGAACUCGGCGAUGGUGAGUCGGAAGUGAUCGAUUGUGAAAAGUACGACGAAAUGCGGUCCAAACGGAAGACCCAACCACAACAGUACCACGUCCACUACGUUGCGAAUGGCCAGAGCAAUGACCACGGAAUCAAUGCGGAAGGCAGCGUCUAUGGCGUGUACAAUGGUCAAGUCCUCGACAAGGAGACACUCGAAAUGAUUAAGGUUUCGGCAAUCAACACCAAAGUUCAAUUGGCCGAAAGCGACAAGGUUGGGCUGGAUGACUUUCAGUUGCUUAACGUUCUCGGCACGGGAGCCUACGGUAUGGUCUUUCUGGUGCGGAAGAUAACGGGUGUCGACAAGGCGACACUGUACGCGAUGAAGGUGCUGAAGAAGGGUAUCGUAAGCCAAAAGAAAAAGACAGCGGAACACACCAGGACGGAGCGACAGGUCCUGGAGGCGAUCAAGGAUGCUCCGUUCCUGGCGAAGUUGCAUUACGCUUUCCAGACGGAUUCGAAGUUGUACCUCGUCCUGGACUACGUCAUCGGUGGCGAGCUGUUUACGCAUCUUUACAAGCACGAACGCUUCUCGGAGGAAGCCGUGAGGAUCUACGUGGCAGAAGUUAUCGUGGCCAUCGAGCAUUUGCACAACCUGGGCAUCCUGUACCGUGACAUUAAGCUGGAAAACAUCCUGAUCGAUGCCGAGGGCCACGUCGUGUUAACCGAUUUCGGCCUGUCGCGGGAGCUUGUCUACCAAACUGAGCGUGCACUUAGUUUUUGCGGUACGAUCGAAUAUAUGGCUCCGGAAAUUCUGAGCUCCUCACCGGAGGGCCACGGUCCACCGGUCGACUGGUGGUCGGUUGGCGUCCUCACCUUCGAGCUGCUGACGGGCGUUUCACCGUUCCACUCCGAUGAGGGGCAGCCCGAAAUUCAGAGGCGCAUCGCGAACGAGGAACCGAUUAUGCCGUCGCGCAUAUCGCGAAACGCAGCCGACUUUAUUCGCCGGCUGCUGGAAAAGAAUCCGAAACGGCGACUCGGUAGCGGCCCGCUGGAAGCAAACGAACUGAAGGCGCACCCCUUCCUGAAGUCAAUCGAUUGGACGUCGUUGGUGCGGAGACGCGUCACGGCCCCCCUCAAACCGAGUGUGACCAGCGAGGUCGAUACGCGUUACUUUAGCGAAGAGUUUACGCAACGGGAAAACGUGGACGAGCCGUGCGCACCGCCACCGAAUGCUGACCUUCUGUUCAGAGGUUACUCGUUCGUUUCGCCGAAGCUGCUGUCAACCAAGAUUAGGAACCGGACCGCGUUCAUUCCUAUCCACAAUACGCGACCAAACGAGAAAACCAUCCGGCGACGUGCGUCGCGACAAUCGCCGUUCUUCAAAAAGUACGAUCUAACCCGCGAUGCGGCGAUCGGCGUCGGGAAGUACUCCAUUUGUUUGAAGUGCGUGACUCGCGGAGCUGGAACUCAAUCGCACUACGCGGUGAAGGUGCUUUUCCCUCACCCGCAAACGGCGGAGCUGGCGAAGCAGGAGAUUGAAGCCCUUCGGCGGUGCGAGGGGCACCCGAAUGUGGUACGGUUCGUCGAGCGGUUGGAGGAUAAAGAUCACAUUUAUUUGAUCCUUGAACUGCUCGACGGCGGCGAGCUGCUGCAGCGCAUCCAGGAGCAGGAGGAUCAGCGUUUGAGCGAAACGCAGGCACGAAACUACUUCCGCCAAAUGGUUAAUGCCGUGUCGUUUAUGCACCGCAACGGAAUCGCUCAUCGAGACCUCAAACCAGAGAACGUACUGUUUGAUCAUCCUUCGUCGGAGCACCUGAAAUUGAUCGACUUCGGUUUCGCGCAGUCGUUCAGCGAAAGCGAAACCAAUACCACCGGGCCGUCCUCCUCCUCAGCGUCAGCGGCAGCGUGGCUGCCGGCGGGAACGCUCAACUAUGCGGCUCCAGAAGUGCUUGAUCCGUGCGAUGUGUACGCCUUGGAAGCGGCCGACCUUUGGUCGCUCGGCGUCAUCCUCUACACGAUGUUGCGUGGCCAGGCCCCGUUCAUACCGCGGGAGUUCAAUGGGCACGAGAAUCUUGCAUCGCUAGCGAAGCAGAAAGAGAUCAUCAUGAACAAAAUCCGGCGCGGUUCGUUCGACCACACGGCAGAGUCAUGGGAGGGCGUCAGCAGGGAGGCGCUCGAUCUGGUGAGGCGGCUUCUCACCGUCAAUCCGGACGCUCGCCUUACGAUGGAAGAUCUGCUCGAGCACCCAUGGUAUUCGCAACCGGACAGCUCGGUCGCUCCCAAGGUUGGCCAAACGGCACAAUCAACCACACGGUGCUCGCUGGAGCACCUGCAGGCCAACGUUUACAACAUGUACGACGCGUUCCGGCACAUCGAGCGACAAGGUUUCCGGUUGCGAAACAAAACGGCCACGACGAGUGCUGCACAUCGGACCGCCGGUGUACCGACGGCCAAAUCGAUCGAAUCACAGUACAGCAGCUCGAUGGAGGAGAGCACCUCAAGCGGUAUCGGGCGCAGCAAGAGCAGCAAGAGCAGUCUCUCGCUCUCGGGUGGCAGUCCGGAAAGGGGAGUCCGAAGCAGUGACUCACUGAAUGGCUCGAUUGUGGUGGUCAGCGACGAAGAGGACGAGGCGAACGCCGGAAAGCAGUUACAAAGGACGGCUGAAGAAGAACGGCCGGAUGAAACGGUUGCUGAUCCAACGGAAGCCACGGUGGCGACGAUGACAAUGUCUACCACGGCCGACAUUACGCAGACGCAGGACCAAACGGACACAGAAGACAUCUGCGAAAACGUUACGGACAGCAAAGCGGAUGUGAAGCCCAACCUCGGAAAACUACUCUUUUCGUCCGUCAGGCCAAUUGCCAACUUAACCGCAGACGUUGAUAUGUUGCUACUGAAAGGUGGUGCAAUAAUCAAAAUGGAGAACAACAACAACGACCCCAUGUCUGUGAAGCUAGAGCAAGAGGAGGAGGAAGAAGAAGAAGACGACGAUGAAGAAGAAUUUGAGGAAGAGGACAUGAACCACACGACGCCAGCGCGGAGUACGGAAGAAGAGUGCGCGAGCGAGGCAUUAAUGGGGAGCGCAGAAGAGAAUCUGAUCUCGAGCGGAGCAAUGAAUUUAGACACCACCGAAGAGCCUUCGUCCGUGCUGGCGGUACAAGACAUUCGACAAUCCGCACCGACCACAGUCGCCGCCCCGCUGGUGUGGCACCAGAGUGACGAAACUGUGGCCAACAUACCUGGCCUGCUCUCUGUGCAUCGGGAAGAUCAAACCAUUGUGCCUAGUAGCCGGACAUCCAGCUGUUCGACAAUACCUUUCGAGGAUCAACCAUUCUGGGAGCAAUAUGAUGCACUAUCCAACGCGGACAGCGAUCAACUAGCGACGGAAACGACCGACGUGCAGCAGGAGCCCGUUCACGAGGCUCCCAGCAGCCCCGAUCUGUUCGCUGGUUUCGGACGGUUUUCCGUGGACGUUGAAAGCCUGUUUCACGGAUUUACUUCCAACACAUCCAGUCCUUUCCGUGGAUUUGAAAGUGACGAAGAGGACCCCAACGGUUCGCAGGUCCCACAGCUCACUCUGGCAUACGUCGUCAAGGUCGAGGAUCUCCCUCGCAUACGAAAGCGAAGGCCGGAAAUUGGCAAUUUGGAGGACCUGGUACGACCGAAGAUGCUUCGACCGCAGAAACCGGUGUAUUACGGUAGUGGCAGACAGUGGAAGCGGAGGAAAGAGCAAGCCGCCUGAAGCGGUUGCGGAAUGCUGCCGCACUGGGAACACAACCGUAACUAUUGUGGUUGGAUAAGCAAUGGCAAAUUUUAGUGUGCGAUCUUGGGGGCUAGCCUGUAUAAGUUGAUGUUAAUUUAUUUUAUUGAACCGAGUUAAACUUAUCAGCAAACCCCCUCCGGAUAAACGGAACUUUUUCCCAACAGAGUGAGUUUGUCCCAACAUCACGCCGAGCAUCUCAAACGCUCACUGCUAUCUGCUGUACUUUACUACUUCUUAUCUUAACGAUAGGCUCAUUUGUAUAUUGUACACAAAGUCUACAUUUGAUCAUCAUCGGUUUAUCGAUUUGGUUCCAUAAACCAAUGUUAUAUAUUAUUGAUUGUAAGACCAUCAGAAGGCCGCAUCAGACCCUUCACGUAUGGGUCCAAUAGGGUGAAUUUACUUCUGUAUUGCUAUAUCGUUCCUUUUUUUGUAAAUGAUCAGUUUGUAUUUUGCGCACGCUGGUGGUUUUUACCGUCAGCAGAGCGUAUCUGUAAACACAUUCAGUUGACGUUCGGUUUUGGGUUUUGUUACGCUUUUUUUACUUGCAACAAAUGCAAUGAGAUGAUACAAAUGAAUCGAUUUAAAGUACUACACGGCAAAUGUGUUCGGUAAAGAGUUAGUGAAACGUAUUGAUUCAAACUGCAUUGUAGGACGGUUAAAGUGCACUUACUAGGAACGGAAGGUUUAAUGGCCGACAAACGAAGGAGGGCGCCGACAGGAAAAGAAAAUCAAACCACUACUCUCUAGACCGGAGGCCCUUUCUCCGAACAGAAUUUACUAACCAUUCGCAACGGGAAGCGCCCCAAAGUGGCAAAGGCGAAGAAAGGGGAAAGGGCCAAAGACGCAACGGAAUCUCAUCACUAGCUGCGGCACGGCACAAACGGCACAAACGCAUAAAGGAAAGCUUCUACAGGCCAAGGCCUCUGUCGUUAGUAUGAGAUUGGCGUAAAUGGGCGCGACACCAAGCGGGCGCAUGGAAAAAGCACCAAAAACAAACAUAGGAAAUUAGAGAUUGUUAUAGUUAAUACUUCAUGGAACAGAUUUUCACACCAUAAGUAUAAGGCCCCCAUACGAUUAUUCUUAUCUUGGCCGGCGAAUCGCGACAGAUGAUCAAUUAGAUUUUGAAUUCUUGUUUUGCUUGUGUUAGAGACGAUAGGGAUCAUCUAUCACCAGCAGUCGCCGGCAAAUGCUUCGGAGGAAAACCCGCUACAAAGGUUUCACCGUGAAGAAGGACGAUCAACAGAUGUCGAUGGAGAGAAAAGCUACCCACAUGUGGGGUACGGACAUUCUUUAGUCGGUGUGUUGGCCAUUGAGAGCGCAGCGACCGGGGAGUGAACUUAAACAUGGCGAGCGAUUACGAGAAUAUCACCAAUAGUGUAUUGAACCGAGUGUGGUUCACGCGAGAGGCCGCUAGGCAAUAGUGUAACAUUUAAUAAUCGGAUGGAUCAAGGAACAUUAAUAGCCCUCCAAAGAGGUCGAUCGAUCGGGCACGUUUGAGCGGGUCAGACUUUUUGGGGUUUUAGUGUGUGUGGCAGGGAUAAAAACAUUCUUUAUUCAAUGGCACCCGCCAGGAGAGGGUUGCGUGUGUCAACCAAACGGCGUGUCGUGUUUAUAUUACUUUAAAGGGAGUUUUUAAAUCAACGAGAGAAAAAAAGUCAGGAUCUUUCAUAUCAUAGAAAGGAAAUGUAUGAUCGAAGACUACUAAGCAAGACAAGUAACAUUAAAACCUAAAACCUCCGGGUCAACUUUUAGCCUGUAUUGUAUAAAACACACGGAAAAAACGGUGAAAAUGGGUGUAACUUGGCUGAUGUACGAAUCAAAUGAAUCGAAUGAAGCCUCCAACAUCAGUUAGCCUACUUUAAGUUAGGUGUAAAUGAUUUGUUAAAUGUGUUGCUAACUUUACACGAUUAAGAAAGAUAUUGUUCAUAGUACACAUUGAGAGGGCUAUAUAGCAUUCAUCACAAUUUACAACCAGCGCACAGAGGCGCUGUAUGGCUCCGUCGCCUCCGUGUUCCCCGCACGGCGACGGAGAGACCCUCCGUCUAUACAUAGGACCACGAGGCGGCUCGGUUCCUUAGUGCUCUUCUUUAUGGUGGAUUGUGUUUUCUUUUUCUUGUUUGUAGUGUGUUCAACUUUCCGACAACUUAUCACUAGAAGUUUUACUAAUUUUAUGGACUACAAAUUUCAUUUCCUGCACGUUCGGGGUUUCGUCCGUUUCGCUCCGGUGAAACCAGCGCACUCCAAGUGUGUAGUAGGGGACAAACCGAGCGAUAAAUGCUAGACCAACGGAUUGGAUGAAGUGAGAAGUGGAAUGUGGCAAAAAGAUGAAGACGAUGGGAUAGAUAAACCUCACAUCUAGACAAAAUAAAUGAA